CCCUUAGCCAUCUGUGCGCACUUCACGUUAAACAUUCCUUGCUCACUUCACGCUCUUUACUUCAUGUAUGAAACGUAGUAUCUAUAAGCAUUUUUGUUUAGCUAACCCCCAUUAACAAAGAUCUGACACUCGAAGGUCAGUCAAGCAAUAGUAUUUUGUCGACGGCUUUGGCUCUGUUUCUAAUCUUUUACUAUACCUGCGAACACUACGCGCGUUUCUUCAAGCCUUUAGUUAAUAAGGUCGUGGCAUGUUAGUUGUACUGAGAGUGUGAUGGUUUGAUUUGUAAAUUUGUGAAAUUUGAUUUUUGUGAAAGUUAUAAAUAAGUCAAAUAUCGGGUUUAUUUUAUUUACUUACUAUUUCUGAAACUAUGAAUAAAUGAUUUUUUGAAACUGUUAGCCUUUUAUCGGUGACUUAAUAAAUAAUUGUGAAGUGAAGAAGGUGACGUUCGAAAGUUGAGGUAUCCGUCUAUUUCGAUAGCUAAAAGAGGACGUCACCACGUUCCGUCACAGCAAGCUGCGUUACUCAAAUCACUUUCCUGCACGAGGGUCACCGCUAAGGGCCCGCGAGCAGUCCGUUAAAGCAGCGUCAUUGAGCCGUAUAGAAGCCGGAUCAAGGGCGGGCGCGGUCAGCGAGUGCGGCAUUGGCGCGCCCGCCGGCGGCGGCGUCCGCCCCGGCUACGGUUAUGAAGCACUCUCAGCGGCCAGUGACGGCAGUGACCAAGAUCUUGACGAGGCACCAGAGUACGCUCCAUUCGAGAUGGAGAUGUCAGGUGGAGGAGAGUCCGCAGACGGUCCGUCGUCGCGCGGCUCAGCUAAAGUUAACUUUCCACCCGAUGUUGAAUUGGAACGACGUCCGACUGGCACCUUUGCGGGCGCAGCGGCUGCGGCCUUUCAUCGUGGCCGUGGUCGCUCAAUGAGUGCAUGGAGCGAUAUAAGUCGCUCGAGCAUCAGGUUCGAGGAACGAGUGCGAGUGGAGUAUUACGUCAACGAGAACACUUUCAAAGAAAGACUGCAAUUGUAUUUUAUAAAGAAUCAACGUUCGAGUUUACGCAUUAGGAUAGUAAAUCUAUUUUUCAAGAUUCUUGCGUGUCUUCUGUACAUUUUUCGCGUUUGCGCCGACGGCGAUCCUAUAUCUGCAUCGUGUUACGGAUGUAAGCCCGGAAACAAGACCGAGUUCGAAUACUCCGCAAACCUCACCGAAGAGGAGUUUCAAGAGCAUCCGAUCAUUAACUGGGACGGGAUAGUAUGGGUGAACCGACCACUAUAUCUCUGGGGGGUGCAGGUCGUGCUCGCAAUGAUUUCCUUGGCCGAAGCCAUAUUGCUGGUCUAUCUUGGAUACAAGGGCAACAUCUGGCAACAGGUAUUAUCAUUCCAUUUUAUAUUGGAGAUGGUGAACACGGUGCCUUUUGCUCUCACCGUACCAUUCCCACCACUUCGAAAUUUAUUUAUACCAGUAUUCCUGAACUGCUGGCUCGCUAAGAGGUCUCUUGAAAAUAUGUUUAACGAUUUACAUCGAGCGAUGCAAAAGUCCCAGUCUGCUCUAUCUCAGCAACUCAUGAUACUAUGUGUCACGCUUCUAUGCUUAGUGUUUACUAGCGUAUGCGGUAUCCAACAUUUUCAACGCGCUGGCCAUCGACACCUCAACCUGUUCCAAGCCACAUACUUCGUGGUCGUGACAUUCUCAACUGUGGGCUAUGGAGAUUUCGUACCGGAUAUCUGGCCAUCCCAGCUGUAUAUGGUCAUAAUGAUUGGUGUCGCACUCGUUGUUUUGCCCACGCAGGUUCGGAAUUUUGAACAAUUGGCAUUCACCUGGAUGGAAAGGCAGAAACUCGGUGGUUCUUACUCAUCUCACCGCGCACAGUCAGAGAAACACGUGGUAGUUUGCUCGACAACGCUCCAUGCCGACACAAUUAUGGAUUUCCUGAAUGAAUUUUAUGCUCAUCCUCUACUUCAGGAUUACUACGUUGUACUGCUUUCACCAAUGGAGCUGGAUACAACCAUGCGAAUGAUUCUGCAGGUUCCGAUUUGGGCUCAACGUGUUAUUUAUAUACAAGGAUCAUGUUUGAAGGACACUGAUCUGAUUCGAGCACGUAUGAACGAGGCCGAGGCUUGUUUUAUAUUAGCUGCUAGAAACUAUGCUGACAAAACUGCUGCUGACGAGCAUACGAUUCUUAGAUCCUGGGCGGUAAAAGAUUUUGCCCCGAUUGUCCCCCAAUACGUACAAAUUUUCCGGCCGGAGAAUAAACUACACGUUAAGUUUGCGGAGUUUGUUGUUUGCGAAGAUGAGUUCAAAUAUGCACUUCUCGCCAACAACUGCACUUGCCCCGGUGCAUCAACUCUAGUUACACUGCUCCUGCACACGAGCCGCGGACAAGAAGGUCAACAAUCACCAGAGGAAUGGCAUCGUCUUUAUGGCAAAUGCUCUGGCAAUGAAAUCUAUCAUAUCGUACUAGGUGAUAGUCGAUUCUUUGGUGAAUAUGAAGGGAAAAGCUUUACUUAUGCCAGUUUUCACUCACACCGAAAAUAUGGUGUAGCUUUAGUUGGAGUUCGUCCAGCAGAGCUGCCUGAAUUUUAUGAAGAAACCAUACUCUUGAAUCCAGGCCCACGACACAUCAUGAAAAGCACCGACACGUGCUACUACAUGAGCAUCACGAAGGAAGAAAACUCUGCUUUCGUAGUAUCUGAAAAACAGACUGAAAGCAAAUCCAAUGCUAUACCAAAAGAUCAAACUACAUGUAGUCUCCUCUCUAACGAAAAGAAGACUGGAGAUGCGGAAGGCGGCACCGGACAGCAGAAAAGACCAGACGGUACUAAUGUGGCUCAGUACGACCUCCCACAAGUGAUACUACAAGCUCCCGCGAGUUCCACACCAAAUACAUCGCCAUCACGCAUCUACCCAGCUAAUACUGUAUCAUCCGCUAAUUUAACUGUUGCUGGCUCGAAAUUUGGAGAAGCAUCAACAUCGGCAUCAGACUCACGCACCUGUCUCAAAGAAUCUCCGGCUACAGACAGUGCAACCGAUAGCCACCUCUUACUUCCUCGACCUGAUAACACCAACUUUUUGAGUCCCGAUAGUCUCCAUUGCCGACGAGGUAGUAGAAGACCAUCGAUACUUCCGGUACCGGAUAUGGUAACGAGCAGCCUAAACAUUGCAUCUGAUAAUCAAGAGGAAGGAGUUGGAGUUGACGAAAGUGAAGAUGAACUGGAGGAUGACGUCCCCUGGCGCUCUCCUUCCGAAAAGAUUGCUGACGACGCAACUACGAGCUCCAUGUCCUCGCUGGGGGGGAGUGAAACACGCACUGCUUGGCGCAACGAUUUCACCAGGAUCGUGAAAGGCUUCCCUCCAGUGUCACCGUUCAUAGGCGUAAGCCCAACGUUGUGCUACUUGCUGAAGGAAAAGAAACCUCUGUGUUGCCUUCAACUGGCUCAAGUGUGCGAACAUUGCGCUUACCGUAACGCAAAGGAAUACCAAUGGCAAAAUAAGACAAUAAUUCUUGCUGCCGAUUACGCCUCCAAUGGAAUCUAUAACUUUAUUAUUCCACUGCGCGCACAUUUCAGGUCAAAAACUUCACUCAAUCCUAUAAUCCUCCUGCUGGAACGCCGACCUGAUGUCGCUUUCCUUGAUUCAAUUUCUUACUUUCCAUUGGUCUAUUGGAUGCUCGGUACUAUUGAUUGCCUAGAUGAUCUUCUGCGCGCAGGUAUAACUUUAGCCGAAAACGUGGUGGUUGUUAACAAAGAAUUAUCUAAUUCAGCCGAAGAGGACAGUCUCUCUGACUGCAACACCAUAGUGGCAGUUCAAACAAUGUUCAAAUUCUUUCCAUCUAUUAAAUCUAUAACGGAACUAUCUCAAUCAUCAAACAUGCGAUUUAUGCAAUUCAGAGCUCAUGAUAAAUACGCGUUGCAUCUUUCGAAGAUGGAAAAGCGCGAAAAAGAAAGAGGGUCCCAUAUCUCCUACAUGUUCCGACUUCCCUUUGCUGCUGGUUCUGUCUUUUCCGCGUCUAUGUUGGAUACGCUUCUAUAUCAGGCAUUCGUAAAAGAUUACGUCAUAACUUUUGUGAGACUCUUGUUGGGCGUUGAUCAGGCUCCAGGAUCAGGAUUUCUUACUUCUAUGAAAAUAACAAAGGAGGAUAUGUGGAUACGUACAUAUGGUCGGCUAUAUCAAAAGUUAUGUUCUACCACAUGCGAAAUCCCGAUCGGGAUUUAUCGCACUCAGGAUACGAGCUUAGCUGAUCAAGCGCACCACGUGAGUAUGUCGCCACGGAGCCCGACUGGGUGGUUUUGGUCACGCCUCGCGGGAUUGCGACCAUCGCGAGCAUCGCAGGCGACGGGGGAUGCUGGGCCGGCAGGAGACGGUGGGUCGGAAGGAAGGGGAGCCCGAUCGCGCCGGGGAACCACGGGUUGUCUCAGCGGCUGCUACGGAGACCGUACUCCAGCGUAUUCAACAAGUUUGGCUGACGAAGCUCGAGAUAACCAUGCACAGCAAAUUGAGAGAGCAGAAAUUGCUAAUCUUGUACGAUCUAGAAUUGAGUCAUUAAACUUGACUGGAGUCGAUUAUGACGACGUUAGCGAGAAACGAAACAGUCUCUCAUACGUUAUUAUAAAUCCAAGCUGCGACCUCAACUUGCAAGAAGGCGACAUCAUAUAUCUGGUGCGCCCUUCACCAUUCUCAGCGCAAAAGACGUUUGAACGUCAUAACAGCCGACGCAAGUCCAACAUAAGCUUCUGCUCUGGUGCACUUAUUCAGGCUGCUGCAGCAGGCAGUCGUCGUGGAUCAGCACUUGGAGGCCUUUCAAGCCUUUCGCCACGAGCGCCGCCGUUGACAAAUGCGAAGGCGAACUCCCUCUCUCUUCCUGAUAGCCCCACUAUCAUUACUGACUUUCGUGGGCGUUCAAAUUCUCUUCGAGUAGUAGACGACAUCUUGCUGCGUCGAUCCAACUCCCUGCGACAGGGACUGGGUACGCCUGCUAGUUCUCGUCGCCGGAAGAGCAGCCUGGAAGAAAUCGGAAUCUCACACUUUAAUUCACUUCUUCAACACCAGCAACAACAGCAGAAUGCGAAUGCUAUUAAGAUUGCUCUCAAUGGAAGCAUUGGUCUGGAGGUGACACCACCAGAUGAGGGUCCCAUGGAUCGAUUUGGAUAUCAGGAUAUGGCAGCGGCUCUUCCCUCUACAUCGGCGGGAUCUGGCUUGCCACCUACCCCAGACCCCCAACACCUUCAGGGUACGAUCGUAUGAUACAAUCUUAUGUGGGGACGGCGACUCAGUUCCGUGGUGAGGAACAAAUGGAACUAAGCCUAAACGACUCCGGCUAGAAAAAUGUCAACGGAACAUAUUUUCGUCUCGUAGCGUCUCUACUAUGCACGUAGUGUUUCAACUAUAAAUUUUCCAAAGAAACUUCAAAGUGAGUGACUGGAUCGGGACAAUACGCGGUAGUGAAAUCUGUGUAUUGUAAGCGGGAUCAACUAGUUAAUAUGUAAAGGGAAUAUGGCCUAUGGCUGUACAUAGCGGGGCUUUCUUUGGUCUUAUUCUAUUGUAUGUAUAUAAGAGUGUGACUAUCAAGAAAACUCUUUCACUAAAUUAAUAUAUUUACAAAAUGUUUAUUAUGUGUACCUAAUAUUAUUAAAUGGAUUUAAUAAGUAAUGCUGUAGAAGAUAUCUAUUUUAGAUUUAAUAG